AUGACGGCACCUGUCGAGCCAUCAAGGGAGAAACUCGGCAAGAGGUUGAUGGACUACACGGGUGCCAAGAGUAUGCUUUACCCGGACCAAGCGUUUCUUUCCCAAAAAUCCCUAACCCUAGUUCCGUCCAUCGGCAAUACCAUCGGCAUCCGGCGACCGACCACUUGCUCCGGCGACAAAUCCUCUACCGGCGACCACACUUCACGGCACCCGGGACCCGCGCGUUCACUUCCCAUCUCCGUCUCUGCGGUUUUCACCGGCGACGCGUCCUCUCUGACGGCGAUUCGGGAUUUUCACUUCACACCGCCGAUCUCCGACGCCACCUCCGACCGACGAGUUCGUUCCUCCGACCAGAGCUGUGGGUUCCGACCACAUCUGUGCUUACACUCCGAGCCCCGGCGACACGCGUUCACAGCAGCAACAAUCCAGCGACCUAGCCCAUCCCCGUUCAGCUCCCGAGCGUACUCUCGUUCCGACUACUGA